UUAUAACUUAUAAUGCAGUAUCGCUUUUCCCAUUUUGUGUAAGAUAUUCCUAAUGUGAAAUUCCUUCUAAUCGUAAAUGCAGACUGUGGUCCUCAAGGUCGGUAUGUCUUGUGAAGGCUGUGUGGGUGCUGUGAAAAGGGUUCUUACCAAGAUGGAAGGCGUUGAGUCAUUUGACGUGGACAUAAAGGAGCAGAAAGUAACGGUGAAGGGCAAUGUGCAGCCUGAGGCAGUGCUGCAGACGGUCUCAAAGACUGGGAAGAAGACCUCCUUCUGGGAAGCAGAAGCUGGAGCUGAAGCCAAAGCCCCUCCUACGGAGGCCGAGGCCGCCCCCAAGGAAGCCGUUGCUGCUACAUGAAGAAACAGUAACUUCAAUGUCACUUUCUUAAACCGAAGCCGUGGUGGCACUAUGGUUUGUUUUCUAAUAAUAGCUAUUACAGAUUUAGAUAUCAUGACCUUUAUGUACUUGAAUGUGUCCGUGCUACACUACCAAUGACCUUAUGUACUGUAAUGUGUCUGUGCUACACUACGAGCAUGGUUUUCAUGCUUAGUAUCAUUAAGUUUCAGACA